AUGACAUCCAAAGUUCCAGCUAGUACAUCCAGCACCUCUCUCGUAUCUAACGCGAACACCAUCUCUUCGAGGGUGCCUUUGAAUCCCCGCCAGACACCACAGAAAGAUUACGCAGCCGCGUUCGGGGACCUUCAAUCCCGAUACGGUGUUGCUGCUAGCCAUAACCCUAUCUCCACCCCCGUGGUGAAGAAGAAGCAGGCGAAAGACUCCACACAGGCAUUGGCGGCCCAGAGCGCACCAGGAACGUCGGAGGGGGCACCUAGUGAUGGCUCGACUGGCCGUUUCGAUGGUCCUUCACCAGAUGGGCUGAAGAACAAGAAACGUGGUAUCUCGAGGUUUUUUCCUUGGAUAGGUUUGAUCAUUUUCAUGCACGCCGUUUUGGAUGAAUUGAACGGCGCUUGCGCUACUACUGAUCAGCUACUGAUCAUGAUUGGAGGAUUUUAG